AUGUUCACCCAAGAGCCGCCGCCGCCACGCUAUGUAUUACAGAUAAGCACAGGAAAGUGGCGUAGGCAAACAGCCUCGCCUGUACUCGGAGCAAGUACUGGGGCUGAAAACUUGCAGAACUCUCUGGACUACUUUCUCCGAAGGGCUAUGUACGCGCCGGUGUCUCCGGUGAAGGACAAUAGCAAUAGCCAACAACUGCCGGUGGAAGUUUUGAAGCAGAUUGAAGAGUUCGAAAAGAGACAUUGUGGGGAACCUUCCCGCCGUUUCUCACUUACCUCUACUUUUGUAGAAGUUAACCCCAUCAUUGGACUCUUGUGUGGUGUACCACUGUAUGACCUUUACGACACUCUCACACAGAGGAAAGGUAGUGCUUGGCAGAGACAACAGCAUCAGGGUGCCAGUGGUGUUGCGUUGCGGCUGAACCUCGAGGAGCUGUGCGAUGUCUGUGCACAACUCGUUCCCAACAUGGUGAGCUGCGAAUAUGCGCAGCAGAUGCUCUCAUCCGUACCUGGCUACCGGGAGGAUGAUACCGUUUUGCUUUCUUCAUUCUUUUCGUUCAUUGUGGAACACGCUUUUCACCCUGCAAUGGAUCGUAACGUGCGGGCACUAUUCAGGGCAUUCGACCCGGAAAACACCGGAGUGAUAUCAGUGGCCACCUUGUCCCCUGCGGUUGUUUCCGCAUGGGCAGAGUUGAAUUUGUUUGGAAAUUUGCGGGGAGAAUGGGACAAAAUGGCGGCGGCCUUAGAGCUGGCGAAUGGCUUAGACCUCUCCAUCGUAGAUGGCGCCACUCUUCUGACGCCGGAGUCAACACGCGCCGUGUUGUGUGCCUCGAGCAUAUUGUACAACGCGAUGAAUUCCGUUGACAUGGAUGGUUCGCACCUGAAACCCUCACCCUAA